AUGAACAAAAUUCAUGCUUUCCAUCGUUAUGGGGAUUUGCGACUUCGGUCUGAUGAAGGAACAAUAUUCAGAGUCGAUUCCCAGCGCCUCGCCGAUAUCAGUCCCGUCUUCGACAACAUGCUUGAGCUCCCUCAACCUAGCUGUCCUACUGGCAACAAACGCAUCGGGCUUUCCUCUGUGCCUAUCGAUCUCGCCUUCAGCUCGAAUGUUCUGGAGAUCUUCUUCGAGCUAUUAUACUCUAUGAAGGCGACAUUACCCUCACUCCCCUUUUCAGACGCACUAUCAUUAUACGAAUUCUGCGAGAUGUUUGACAUCGCUCCACGGCUCAAGGGCUUAUCUCGAAAAGCGAUAAUAAGCGCCGCGAUCGAAGGCGGUCAAUGGGCUCUUCUUAUCUGGUCAGCGGAUCGUAACGAUCUUGUCAUGGCUAGAGAAGCUCUAAGGAAGAUGACCAACGAUGACUUCCUUCGUCCUCAAAUUGCAAGACUCCCGGGCAAGUGGAAUAAGGUCACUUUUUGGAGUGCGGUAGAGAAGUUACCUCUGUCGUGGCAAACUCAUCUUCUUCGCCUUACGCUUCAUCCCCCCUCACUCAAAAAUAUUUCAGUGCCACCAAAAAGUGUUGGAUAUACACUCAAAUGCAAACGCGAGGAGAUGCCGAUGAAUCCAACUUCGACGCAUCAUGAUGCCGCUUCGUUCAAGAUGACUCAGGACUGGGCGAGUGUAGCAUCAUUGUUCAUGCCUCCUAGUUGA